CAAAGGCUGAGGCGGCGGCGGCGCCUCAGUAUAACUCGUGGGGGCUGCGCGGCGGCCAUGGCCACAGCCGCCUCCAACCCCUACGGCCUGCUCGGCUCCGGCUCGCUCGCCCAUGCGGACGGCGCGGGCAUGCAGCAGGGGAGCCCGUUCCGCAACCCGCAGAAACUGCUGCAGAGCGAGUACCUGCAGGGCGUCCCCGGCAAUGGGCACCCGCUGGGCCACCACUGGGUGACGAGCCUGAGCGACGCCGCGCCCUGGCCCUCGGCGCUGGCGGGCGGCCCGCUGGAGCAGCCCGACGUGAAGCCGGGCCGCGAGGACCUGCAGCUGGGCGCGCUGCUGCACCACCGCUCGCCCCACGUCUCGCACCACUCGCCCCACGCCAACCACCCCGGCGCCUGGGGGGCCAGCCCGGCGCACGGCGGCUCGCUGGGCCCCGCCGGGCAGCCCCCCCCGCUCGGCGUGUACCCGCAGGCCGGCUUCGCGGUGGGCGGCGUGCUGGAGCACGGGGGGCUGACGCCGCCGCCCGCCGCCGCCGCGCAGCAGCCGCCGCCGCCGCAGGGGCUGCACCCCGGGGAGCACGGCGAGCUGGGCGGCCACCACUGCCAGGACCACUCGGACGAGGAGACGCCGACCUCGGACGAGCUGGAGCAGUUCGCCAAGCAGUUCAAGCAGCGCCGCAUCAAGCUGGGCUUCACCCAGGCCGACGUGGGCUUGGCGCUGGGGACGCUCUACGGCAACGUCUUCUCGCAGACCACCAUCUGCCGCUUCGAGGCCCUGCAGCUCAGCUUCAAGAACAUGUGCAAGCUGAAGCCGCUGCUGAACAAGUGGCUGGAGGAGGCCGACUCCUCCACCGGCAGCCCCACCAGCAUCGACAAGAUCGCGGCGCAGGGCAGGAAGAGGAAGAAGCGCACCUCCAUCGAGGUGAGUGUCAAAGGCGUGCUGGAGACGCACUUCCUCAAGUGCCCCAAGCCGGCCGCGCAGGAGAUCUCCUCGCUGGCGGACAGCCUGCAGCUGGAGAAGGAGGUGGUGCGGGUCUGGUUCUGCAACCGGCGGCAGAAGGAGAAGCGCAUGACGCCGCCGGGCGAGCAGCAGCAGCACGAGGUGUACGCGCACGGCGUCAAAACGGACUCGGCCUGCCACGACCUCUGACCGGGGCUGCCGCCGGCUCGGACCUGCCCGCGGCCGCCCGACCCCCC